GGCUCAACCCUGCAUGGGCUUCUCGGGAGGGAGCUGGGUGUGUGCUGUGCGCUGCUCCAGCAUCAGCCAAGCGUGGGUGCUCAUCCCGUGGCUCUUGGGAGGGUGAUCCCAGGGCUGUCGUGUGCCGGAGCUGGGUAAGUGGCACGGUGAAGAUACCCAUGGCUGGCUCCUGCUGGCAGCGUGGCUGAAGGCAGUGGAUUUGGGGGCUGGGAUGGGGAAGUGAGGAGCUUUGGGGUCCCCUCUGUGCCCAGGGGUGCAGUGCCGGCCGUGCCGUGGAGCGCUGAAGGGUGGUGCUGCGGGUACGGGGCUGAGCCCCUGCAGCAAGUGGGGCGGAUGGGAGCCGAGCCUCUGGCAGGGUGCUGGCAGCCCAGGGGAGCACGGCAGCAGCCCGGGCUGGCUCUGCGGGUGCCCUGCGCUGAUGCCAGCCGUUACCCGGCAGCUCCAGAGAGCCGCCUGCCUCCUGCUCCUGCUCCUGCUCUGCUCCCUGGCCUCCGCCCGCCAGAACCUGCCCGAGUGCUGCCGGCAGAAAACCUGCUCGUGCCGCAUCUAUGACCUCUUGCACGGCAUGGGCAACCACGCCGCCGGCAUCCUCACACUGGGCAAGAGGAAGAGCGUCCCACCGGCCUUCCAGAGCCGGCUCUACCGCCUGCUGCACGGCUCCGGCAACCACGCCGCGGGCAUCCUCACCAUGGGCAAGCGCGGGGAGCACUCCGGCACCGGUGCUCAGCCGACGCCGGCGCUGAGGGGCACCGAUGCCAGCCCCAGGGAAUGCCAGGGACACGCUGGGAAGGACGUGACCAAGAGCCGGGGAGCUGCAAAGAGCUUUUAUUGAGCUGGGUGGGGGGCUGCGGGGGCAGAGAGGGGGGAUCCCUGGGGGGACGCACGCCCCGGCGCUCGCUUGGUGUAAAUAGCACUUUUAAAUACCUCCUUGGGGCCCUGACCGAGGCUGCUCAGGGCGCCGCCGCAGGCACCGCUGGCCUUUUACAAUAAAUGGUAGCCUGAG